AUGGAUGGUGGUAGAAGACAGAUUUUGGGUUUGGCUUUAGCCAUCAACGGUGUAUUGGGGACCAUCAUGAUCUGUGCUCUCCCUGCCUGGAAAGUCUUCAUUAAUACUGAGUACCUUCAUGGAAUUUAUGGGGCAUGGCAUGGUUUAUGGAAAAUUUGUACAAUAUACGUCACAGGCAAGAUCGAAUGCGUUAGGUAUGAAGUUGUAUUUCCAGAACUGGUAGAUGACACCAUGAAAGCUAUCAGAGCACUCGUGAUUAUCGCGAUCAUCAGUGGGAUCUUUGGAAUCCUGCUUGGUGUGGCCGGGAACAAGCGCAUUAACUUCAUGUUGGAUGAUGGGCAAAAACGCAAAGUGGGCUUUGCUUCCGGAGUUGUCUUCAUCAUUGCAGGUUUCUUGGUGUUCAUACCUGUCUGCUGGAUGGCCAACAUCAUCAUUCGUGAGUCCUACAAGCACAAGAGUAUAAAGCUGGGAGCCUCACUCUACAUUGGCUGGUUCACUACUGGGUUUCUGUUCCUGGGAGGAGGCGUGCUCCUGUACCGGCAGGAAUGA